GUCCAGCCUUCAGCUCCCAAAUUGACCCAACUCCAUCUCUUAAAUAUCUCGUGUGGCCCGUUGCCAAUUUUGGUUCAAGAUUGGUUUGUUUGUUGUGUUGCGGAAUUCAGUGCUUGUUUGGAAUGGAGGGUCCGCUGCUACUGCGUGGUGGCACGCGUCAGCGUCGUGCAGCCUUGGACGCGGCAGGCCAACCCAGCGCCGUCACCUCCAAGUCAGCCCUCGCCGAAAUCCUGCUGUUCCUCUUCGGUUGGGGCCUUCUCACAGCCACGUGUAUCCAGUGGGUUGCAGGCGCUGCCGUGCGUGACGGAUUGAACCACCCCGAUCUGUUGAAACUGGCUGCAGUUGGUGCAGCUGGCGAAUACCCUGGGAACUGCAGGAGAGACCUUUUGUCUAAAUUCUGCAAUGUUAUGCGGGUGCCAAAGUAUACUACGUUCACGGUCAUGAUGAAGGAUAGCAAAGGUGUAGUUGAGCCUCGUCGGGGCCUCAUGAACGCACCAAAUCGAUUUCUGGAUUCGCUGUACCAGCACUGCGUCGGCACGUUCAGGAAGAUUUGUGGAGCGCUCGGCAAUGGCCUCCGCGACUUCUGGACGCAAGUUUCUAGGGAUGACCCCAAAUUAAAGCAUCUUAUUUCAAUACUUGGUCCGCUUGAGAGUUGGUAUGAUCACGUUAUCCCUUACAAGUUGCACGGCGACGCCGCCACCUUUACUCACAAGAGAGACCAUUCAAUGUUGUCUGCUCAGAUAAAGCCGCUGCUCGCCACGAACGAGACGUUCCGACAUUGGAUUCUCCUUUUCUCGAUUGUUAAGACGGCAGCUGUGCACAACGACGACCCUACGGGUGAUACAAUGGAAGUGCAUUGGGCCUACGCUGUGCAUUUCCUCGAUGCCCUGUUUGACGGACGGCACCCACAGAAAGACCCGUGGGGUAGGGAUUGGCCAAGUGAUUCACCUGAUGCGCGCACGGCUGGUUUGGAGUGUUGCGGUGGCAUGCGUUGGGUGUGCUGGGCAAUAGUGGGCGACCUGGAUUUCUUCUCCAAUGAUCUGGGCUACCCGCAUGUGAACAGCAACCACCCUUGCUGGUUCGACAGCGUUUCAAGAGAUAAUGACACGGAUUUUCCUCUCACGGACCUCUCUCGGGGCGCGGCGUGGAAGGGCACGCUCCUCUCCGAGGAGGAAUGUAUGGAAAUCCCAUGCACCAGGCGCUUCAUUGGAAAACUCAAAGGCACAACGCGCUACCAGAGCCCAGGUGACCUGAUGCAUACUGGGUGCUUGGGAGUUGUGGCCGCCUUCGUAGGCGCAAUAUUGUGGGAACUUGUGCACGACGGACCUUUCCCAGGCACAAUAGAUCAGCGUUUGGGGGCCGUUUGCGUGGUGAUCAACGCAUCUGCAGAUAUCAUCAGCCCGACCUAUAGAGUUUCGAACUUGACACGGUCUAUGUUUGAGCAUGGGGAUAAUUACGCAUCCUUUACAGGCAAAGCUGCAGAGUCGCAACACAUGCUUUUCAGUCUUUUGGAUGUGUGUAACAACCUGGACGAUGGCGGUGACCAUCAUGGUCAUCGAUUGGCUGCGCUACGUUCGUUGUGUGGGAUCUACAAAAUGUAUAAGGACAAUGGCAUGUUCCUCUCUCGUGCUGCGUUCGUUGAGACGAAAGACUUGCUGGACACGUUCUAUGAACACUAUGCUUGGCUUGCUCAGGAUGCGGUAAACAGAGACCGUUUGCUGUAUCCCAUCUUGCCGAAACACCACAUGCUAUACCACAUUGUGGAUUUGGGGCGUUGGCUUAAUCCGACAGCUUUGUGGUGCUACGACGCAGAGGACUUUAUGCACGUGAUCGUGACGACUGCUAAAUCGUGCGUUGCUGGCUCCCCCAUGUACAUUAUCGGUAACAAAGUGUUGGAGAAUGCGUUGCUUGCCUUGGAUUUGAUGUUGUUUAGGUGAAGGAGAAAACACACACAAACAACAAUUAUAGCAAACAUAUUGAUAUGGAGACUGUCAC